AUGGAUCUAAAUGAUUCGUAAAAGAUUAAUCUUUAAUCGAUUACUAACAAAAAAAAAUUAAUUAAGCUGAAUAACUCUUUAAAUUUUGGGGAAAAGUCAAUAAGUUAGAUUUGGAAGGAUUAUCUUAAUCAAGUACUAUUAGUAUAAAUAAAUCAUAGUAAUGAUUUAGCGGUCAUCUAACUUAAUUAACUUAAAAUAAUAAAAUAAUGCAAAUUGAUAGACGAAUGUUAGAUGAUAGUUUCAAAGGAUGGGAAGACUUUCUCAUACUUAAAAAAUUGUAAUGAAUGA